GCGCCGCAGCCUCCUCACCGCGCUUCGGGAGCUGGGUGCGAGCUUCCGUGGUGAAGGCAGUCCUGCAUCGCGGGGCGAGGGUCCAGAUGUCUUGGACCCGAUGGCUGAGGAGGUGGACACCUCUGACGGCUGGAUCUCCUCGCGGAGGGGAGCUGGAAGUUGGCAGUCAUCGGGGUCCUCACCGAGCUUUCUGGCGCCACGCCCGCAGGAGCCUGGGCGACGGGGCUCCAAAGAGGAGGAAGUGGAUCGACACCACCUGCUGCACAUCAGCGA